AAUUGAUAAAAAUUUUCUGACUGGACAUAACUUGUCAAAUGUAUCGUUAGUUUUUCAGUUACCUUCAGUAUAUUCUAUAAGAACACAUCACAAAGUGCAAUAUAUUACGUUCAAAAAUGACGUAUAAGUCGAUCGAAACAUCACUCGAAGAUGGAAUACUGACCAUCACGAUGAACCGGCCAAAAUGUAAAAAUGCAAUGAAUCAAGAAAUGUGGUUAGAGCUUACGCAAGUCAUGGAGGAAGCUGCCAUCAAUGACGAUGUUGUCUUCGUAGUGCUCACAGGAGCUGGAACAUUCUACUCCAGUGGUUUCGAUAUAAAAGACCCAGCCCCAGAAAGUAUGAAUAUGGAAGAAUUUAUGGAAUACAGAAUAAAAAUUGGGAGGAAGUAUAUCGAUGUGUUGAUUGAUUUCCCUAAAUUACUCAUCGCCAUCGUCAAUGGACCAGCUAUUGGUAUAGCGACAACUACGUUAGCUCUGUUUGAUUUUGUAUUCUGUACAACUUCUGCUUCUUUUUACACUCCCUUCUCUGUUCUGGGACUAAGUGUUGAAGGGUGUUCAUCUUAUUUAUUCCCAAGAAUUAUGGGUAACGCUACGGCCAAUAACGUGCUACAAUUUGGUCAAAAAUUGGACUCCGAUCAAGCUAAAAAUUGCAACCUAGUUGUCGAUGUUUUCGAACCCGAGCAAAUACAAUCAGUUCUGUGGCCAAAAUUGAAAUCCAUGAAGGAGACCUUAUCAAAAGGAUCGAUACUGGCAAAUAAAAAAUUAAUCCGCGGUUGGGACAGAGAAAUUUUACACAAAGUCAACGAAGCCGAAUGGGAUGAAUUACGAAAUCGUUUCGCAUCUGAAGAUUUUAUGACAUCGGUGCUGAAAUUCAUGAAUAGGAGUAAGAGUGCAAAUAAGUUGUAAUUUUUUUCCAUCAGCUUGAAUGGCUACAAUUCGUUAUAAUCCGAAAUAACUACCCAAGUUAUUUUAUGUGUUCAUGUUCGUGUUGUUUGUUAUCUUCGAGAUAAGGCUACUUUCAAUUUUCAUACUUCGAUAAAUACAUUUAUUGUGCUUUUUGUUUUCAAAUACGUCCUAGCUCUAUAGUUUGCUCGUACGUUUGUCAAAAAACUAAACGAAUACGUACGUUGAACUGAUUUUGGAUCUAAUUUACAUUUUUUAAUUUGCAUUUCUGCCUGUCACUGAUUACCAGGAAGACAUUUUAGGAAUUAUGUAAAUAAUAAUAAGUACAUCACUGAAAUACAUCUGUAAAAUUAAAGUUACCUUUUAUAUUGUAAGUAAACGAAUUUU